AUGAAUGGAAAUUUAGUGUCAGAAAAACAACAGAAUUCAGGAGUUCAGGUGAAGUUCACGUUCGACUCGCCGGCGCAGGGCAACCGCAACUACAUCCCAGUGAGCGACCUGUACAGCCGCAACUUCACCGACACCAACGGCGAGUUCCAGCUGGAGCUGACAAUGGGCAACCUGCGCACCGCCUUCGACGCCGAAUUCCGUGUGCCGCAGUCGGUGUGGUCGUCGCUGCCGCUGCACCCGCACCGCCACCACCGGCACAGCCACAGCUCCGCCGCCUCCGGGGGCGGCUCCUCGUCCUCCUCGCACGGCCGCUCGGGACCCGCCUCCUCCGCCCCCGCUUCCACCGCCACGUCGCCCACGCCCGUCGUCACCACCGGCACCGCCCACAAGCUCGAGUCCACUUACUUCACGUUUGGCGGCUUCGACUGGAACCUCGCCCUGUACCCGCACGGUGCAAAGGAGAUCGGCAGCGGUUCGGAGAACCGUGUGUCGGUGUACCUGAACCGGCUGACGGGCUUCGACCACCGGUGCCGCGUGCGCUACAGCGUCAGCCUGGGCGACGCCGAGCGGCGCCUGGACUCCGGCCUCCUUGACGACGUCUCCGACUCGGACGGCAAGGGCUACGGCUGGCACCCGCGCGCGCGCUUCUCCGACCUCGUCUACAAGGGGCUAGUGCGGCUGCACCUGGAGCUGCUGGCGGCGAACACUGUGAGCGAGGUGGCGGUCGCCUCGGCGCCACCCCACCCUACAGCGCCACCGCCAGCAGCUCUGCUGCCCGCCGCUCCCGUGACGCCGGUGCUGCCGCAGCCCGUGGUCGCGCAGUGCUACGACCGCGACAAGCAAGCCUGGACCAUCAAGAGCGACUGCCACGCCGAGACCGUCCGCCUGCACAUGGUCUACAAGGACAUCCACAACGUGCCCCGCAACCACCUCAGGUAUGGCCUGCUUUUCUAA